AUGGGUUUCAUUGAUUGGACCAUUAAGAAACCGGACCAGACCGCUGCGAUAUACAUAGGGUGGAUGAGAUGUGAUGCGAUGAUCAAAGGUUGGCUAAACACAACCAUGGAGAAGGAUAUACGAAACAAUGUUAAGUAUGCUAGCAUGGCGGAAGUAACUUGGAAUGACCUGAAAGAAAGAUUCGGGAAACGAAGUGCCCCUAGGGGGUACGAGCUCAAGCAAACCCUUACAACCACACGACAAGACGAAACAUUAGUGUUAACAUAUUACAUGAAGCUUCGUGUUUUAUGGGAUGAAUUGAUCGGAAAGAAGCUGAUUGAUUUAAAGGAAAAAAAGAAACUAUACGAGUUUCUGCUCGGGUUGGAUGGUGAUUACUCGACCAUAAGAACUCAAAUUAUGGCCAUGAACCCCAUGUCGACUCUUGGAUUGGCUUAUCACCUUGUGUCGGAAGAUGAACAAAAAAGAAAUCUGACAAUAGGGAAACGAACAGGUGUUGAUCUUGCUGCCUUUCAAGCCUUUGUUCCCUCAAACCUUGACUGCAACCAACAGACCAAUAAGAACAACCAAAGGGAAGGAGACGACAAAGGAGCAAAAGUCGAUGCCUCACCCGUAGCCAAUGUGGCAUUAGGUACCCCCACGACAAACAUGACAGGGCUUGAACUCAAGGACAUUGAUUGGAGUGGGUAG